CCCAACAACAGCACCUCCCUUCCCGUACCCGGUGCUCCUCCGGAAAGUACGGACCCAAGUUUACCCACCGUAGAUGUGUAAGAUAAAACGAAUGAUGCGAGUUUGAAAGGAGCGUCGGGGUUGCGACGGGGGAAUUUCGCGCACAGCGCAGUUCGGCGUUUCCAGCGAUGCACGGCAUUUCGGUGAUCGGCGGCGAAUGAAGGAUGAGACGAUCAAUGGACGUGCCGCGCGCGUUUCCACCGCAAUACUAAGUGAAACGGAACAUUGUGCUUUCCUUUCAACUUGAGAAAACUCCGGAGUUAAACGCCAAGACUGGGAAGGGGAGCGACACAGAGCACAUAGUGCUGCAUUUCCGUUUGUUUUGGAAUAUGCAAGGGAAUUCUGUGCUUCUGAAAGGAAAACAGGAUUUUAUGAGAACUAUCGCUGUUGACCCCAUCGCAUGAACUGGACAUAGCAUUUACAGAUCUGUUCUUUGACACGUUUAGUUCUAAAGUGGAAUAUGUAGCGCGAAAAUGUUGUUUUCAAACUGAAAACGAACAAAUGCAUGCGCAGCGUUUGAACAGUUCCCUUAAAAUAUCCAAGAUGAGUAGAUUACGGAUUGCAAAGGGGGACGCGCUUCGUGCUUGCCCGAUAUUAAAAAUAAUUUUCUUGACUUCCUUCUGGAGAGCUGCAGACUGCCGAGGCUCGGACCCCCAGCCCAGGUUUUCCUCCGCCCUCCCGACCUACCUGCCCGUGUCCUACCAGGUGCAGAACGCCGAGCCGGCCUUCUUCCUGAAGGAGGCGGGACAGGAAGUGAUGCGUAACGGCAGUCUGCAGACGCGCAGCGAGCCCUUCUUCAUCCAGCUCGCCGAGGGUGUCCCGUCCGUCAACUGUAGCUACGGCAAUGUCUCCACGGAGACCGCCGUGCCCCUGGAGCUCCUGCAGGCGGCCCCGCGCCUGCUGCCCAGCCCCGCCCACGUCACCUUGGGCUGGAAGGUGCGGGCGCAGGUGGUGCAGCCUCGCGCCAGCCUCGCCCAGCCGCGCGUGCAGGUGCUGUUCUACCUGGUGGGGCGGCGGUGGGAGGAGUCAGCCCCGCUGCCUGGGCCGAUGCCCUGCGUGAGCGCCCGGGCCUACCGAGGCUCCGCCCAGGCCGCCGCUUCCUGUCAGCUGCAGGGGACUCUGGGAAUCUGUGUGGCGGAGCUGGAACUGCCCGCCGCCUGGUUCCCCGCCCCCACAGGACGGAAGAAACCCCCCGAGGGGGAGGCGCCGCUCCUGGAGCUGUACUACACCAUCCACCCACUAGAGGGCACUGCCAGGGACUGCGAUGCCACCACAGAUCCCCUGAAAGGGCCAGAGGCGGGCUUCCUCUCUGGACAGGAAGAGGGCGUGGCUUACCUGCAGAGGAUUGGCUCUGUGGAACUGCUUAGCGGAGAGGAGGGACCACAGGCAACCAAUCUGAGGCUGGACGAGAACGUGGAGAUCCAGGUCCCGCCCAGCCCUGUGCAGCAGGGCCAGCCCGUGGGCUUCCGGGUACGAAUGCGUACGGAGUCCACGGUGCCGCAGUUCACUCUCAGAGCGCAGUACCAGGAGGGGGUGAACUUCAAGGGGGUGACGCCCAGCAACCUGGCCUCCUGGGAGAUCAAGCAGGAGCUGGUCCCGGGGAAGUCUGGCCUCUCCAUCUUCUUCCAGCGGAACCCCAGCUCUGUGGGGGACAGACUGCAGGGCUCCUUCUAUGAGGUCACUCUGGUGGAGUUUGAGGUGGACAACUUCAUCAACCUGCAGCCCACCCAGGCAGUGCACUGGCAGAUCCAGUACCCAGAAUCCACUGGGGAACCAGCAGAGGUGAUCUCCUACGUCUAUAUCAGUCAGAGAGAUCUGCAGGGCAUCGUACCUCUGGCACAGGAGACAGAGAUCCUGAACACUGCCAUCCUGACGGGUAAGCGUGUGUCGGUUCCGGUGAAGCUGGUUACCGUGGAGAGAGACGGAACAGUCAGGGAGGUGGAGGACGCCAUUGGCUGUAACUCCACUGACGAAGAUGUCGUCAAGGUAGCGCCGAGGUGUGACUCAGUCCUGGUCAAUGGGAAGGAGAUGCGUGGAAAGCAGUCUCUGCGGGUGAACUUCUCCUACCUGUACCUGCGCACACACCUGGAGAUGACGGUGUGGGUGCCCCGCCUCCCUCUGCAGAUCGAGGUGUCCGACACGGAGCUGAGCCAGGUGAAGGGCUGGAGGGUGCCCAUCCUGUCCAAUAAGAGGCCCACGCGGGACAGCGAGGAUGACGAUGAUGAAGAGCGGAAAGGUAAAGGCUGCACUCUGCAGUACCAGUAUGCUCUGGUGCGCGUUCUGACCCACUUCGUGGCCGAGCCGGCGGACCCGGGCGGAGAGCUGGUCUACAUGCUGGGGGCGGACUGGCAGGCUGACAUCACCGACCUGGUCCUGGACUUCUUCAAGGUGGAGGACCCACGCAUCGCCCGACUGCUGGACGGCCGAGUGCUGAUGGGCAGGGACCUGGGCAUCACCACCAUACAGGUGCUGUCGCCUCUCUCGGACUCUAUCCUGGCAGAGAAGACGGUGACGGUGUUGGAUGACAAGGUGACCAUCACAGAUCUGGGGGUGCAGCUGGUGGCAGGGCUUAGCCUCUCCCUACAGGCCAGCCCCAGCAACAGCUGGGCUAUCGUUGCCACGGCAACAGCACAAGACCUGCUGCAUUCCCCAAAACAGGAUGCCAUCAUCAGUGUCUGGAUCCAGUUCAGCGAUGGCUCCGUUACCCCCCUGAAUAUUUAUGACCCCAAAGACUUCAGCCUGACCGCCACCUCGCUGGACCAAAGCAUCGUCUCCGUGUAUCAGGAGCACCCGCUGAAGUGGCCAGUGGUGGUGGCGGAGGGGGAGGGGCAGGGGCCCUUAGUCCGGGUGGAGAUGGUGAUCUCUGAGGCCUGCCAGAAGUCCAAGAGGAAGAGCGUCCUGGCGUGGGGCACCGGGAGUGUGCGGGUGAAGUUUGGGCAGAACGACGUGGAGCAGCGGGGCUCGGGGCAGGAGGACGGGGAGGGGGGGGGCGCUCUGGAUAACAGCACCAGCGAGCGGCGGCUGAAGGGGCCGGAGCAGGACGGCGAGCAGGGGGGGGGCUGGAAGUACAACAGCGCUGCGUCCGACCGCGAGGAGGGGGCCAUGAGGAAGGUCAGCACCACCACCAAAACCACCAUCACCAGCCGGGCCAAGCCGGGUGCUGGGGGUCCCAACGCCCCCCCGGGCUUCACCAGCUUCCCCGCCCAGGUGGAGCUCCCUGGGGGGGCCGAGAGCGACCUUUCCCAGGCCGCGCGUGGGCUGUCUGACCUGGAGAUCGGCAUGUACGCCCUGCUGGGGGUCUUCUGCCUGGCCAUCCUCGUCUUCCUCAUCAACUGCAUCACCUUCGCCUUCCGGUACCGCCACAAGCAGCUGCCGGCGCUGGAGCAGGGCAACCUGAACCACGCCCACGACUGGGUGUGGCUGGGCAACGAGGCGGAGCUCCUGGAGCACCACACCGAGGCCCCGCCCCACGGGGAUGAGUGCACCACCAUCAUUGACCGCGGCGAGGCUUACGAGGAGAGCAAAUACCUGCUGAACGGGGGCACCCAGAAGAGCAGUCAGGGCUCCAUGCACUGCUCCCCCGACCCGGGACCCUGCAAUGGCCAGGACCCCAAAACCACACCCCUCAACAACUCCCCCAGCGCCAAGCGCAAGCGCGUCAAGUUCACCUCCUUCGCCACCAUCCUGCCCGACGAAGGUGGCCCCUACACCAACUCCAUCCUCAUCGGCAACGAGGACGACAUCAAGUGGGUCUGUCAGGACAUGGACCUGAGCCAAUCAGCUGAAAUCAGAACCUACAUGGAGAGGCUACAGGACAAUCUGUGAGAGGAGGGGACAGGACACAGGAUUUUAACUCACCUAUAAUGCCUUUGGACCUGCUAGGAAGAGGUGGAUGCUGGGGUGGGGAACAGGAGGAUGCUGGGAGAUGGGUUGGGGAACAGGAGGAUGCUGGGAGGUGGAGUGGGGAACAGGAGGAUGCUGGGAGAUGGGGUGGGGAACAGGAGGAUGCUGGGAGGUGGAGUGGGGAACAGGAGGAUGCUGGGAGAUGGGUUGGGGAACAGGAGGAUAUUGGGAGGUGGAGUGGGGGACAGGAGCAUGCUGGGAGGUGGAGUGGAGAACAGGAGGAUGCUGGGAGAUGGGGUGGGGAACAGGAGGAUGCUGGGAGGUGGAGUGGUGAACAGGCGGAUGCUGGGAGGUGGAGUGGGGGACAGGAGCAUGCUGGGAGGUGGAGUGAAGAACAGGAGGAUGCUGGGAGGUGGAAUGGAGAACAGGAGGAUGCUGGGAGUGGGAGUGGGGAACAGGAGCAUGCUGAGAGGUGGAGUGGGGAACAGGAGGAUGCUGGGAGAGAGGAUAAGAGAGAGGGAAGGGUUAGGGUUAGGGUUAAAUCCCAGGGUGCAAAUAAAACUGUUCUGCAUUGGACAUCUUUCCAGGAGAAGAGAGAGUAAUAAAGGAAUUAAAACAGAAAGACAUUAUAGCUAAAGAGGGAUUAAGCAAACUUCAGUGGAGAGCGGCUCAGAAUAAAGGCUGGAAAUGGGUGACAGGCAGGAGGCAGCGUUUUGCUCAACCUUUGAGUUCUGCUUUUGUUUAAUAUGUUUUAUUUCUUCUCUCACGCCCUCAGAGAGAGCAGGGAGAGUGUGUGGGAGUGUAUGUGCUUUCAGCAGCCCUGCUGUAGUCCGGGGCUAAAUACCCAUUUAAUGUACAGAGAAACACAGUGUCACACGUCACUCACAGCUCUCAGUCCUGGGCACUGCUUCUGCUGCUCCCCGGGGAUUGGUCCCUCUCUUUUCUGAUGAUGAGAUUUCUCCUUACCCCCCCCCCCCCCCCCCCCCCUCCACAUAGAUGUUUUGUAACUCCCUACAUACAUGCACAACCAAUAGUGGAAUCUGUCCAUAGCAAAGGUCAAAGGUCAGCUUUACUCAAGUUCAUUGUCUUUGGGUGACAGUAGAUCAGCUGGAGUAGCGAUGGUGUCAGCAGUGGGAUCUUCUCCAGUGGGAACUGAAAAUGGGACGAGAUGAAAUCGGGGGGGGAGGGGGGUAGGCGUGUGCGAAGGAGAGACCCGUCUGUGUCCCGGCUGCUUCCCCUCAUUGUUACAUAUACAGUAAAGCCCUCGUUUUUGGGAGGGGCUGUGUUCACUGGGAUAUCUGCUCCCCAGUGCCCAGCAACGGGGGCAGAGCUGGGACAGGAGACUGCAGAACUCACCAUGCUCUGGGUUAGCCCGCCCAGCCUGGCCAAAGACACUGGAGCAAUACGCACAGGCUGGCUCUGCCCUCCAGAACAAAAAUGGAAACGACCUCUGACCUGCGACCAUGGGACCUGAUGGUGUGACAAUGUGACCUCACAGUGUGACCAUGUGACUUGAUGGUUUGACGAUGUGACCUACUGGUGUGACCAUAUGGUUCUCGGAGGGAUAAAAUAGGAUUCAUAUUUCCUGAGCUCCCUCCAUUUUCUGUGAACACAAUUUUCAAAGACAAUGUACAAAUGGUCAACUACACGGUCGACUACUCAUGUCUGUCAUUACCGUGCGAAUGUGUUUCUUCUCCUGUUGUGAAGAUGUACAUUUUUCUAUCCUCUAUUAAGUCUCUGAGCCUCAUGCUUUUUAUCGUGUUCUUUGGGUUUUUUUCCUUUAUUUGGUAGAACAUGCUGUUCACAACCAAGGAUAUCCCCUCCUCUAAGCUCAGGUGAACACAUACAGUAAAUACGUCCAGUUUGCAUUAUAGAUUGUAAGAAUGUAAUAUUUAUUUAUAAAUAUAAUACAAAAAUGUUGUAAAUAAAAAGGCUUCAAUCUGCUUGUUAAUAAAGCAAGUCACUGCUAAUAGUGUCCAUUUUGUACAUAUGCUGAUCCAGUGAAGUCAUGAGAUAAAGUAUCUCCUGACUGCCCUGUCCAUCUACCAUGUCACAGUAAAUGUUGACCUGUUGUACAACUUGUGUCCUAAGUCAUAAUAUAUUUUUAGAAAAUAGCCAGUAGUUAUUGAUUUUUAUGAUAUUGUCUCUGAUUUUAGAUUCAGGUCCUAACCAAUUUUAAAAUGCUGACACUAGAACUCACUGGUGAAGCUCAUAUGUUCUCCAUGGCAUGUUUGAUAUAGUUUGAUUUGAAUAUUUUUAAAGAGCAUAUUUAAAAAAUGAGUCUGAUUUUUUAAAACACAGUGCAUCAGAAUAUGAUGCAAACGCACAUGGUGUGGUCACGCCAGUCUUAUCUCCUGUGAUAUCACAAUUCCAAUGACCACCCCAGCAUAACCUCCUGUGACAGCACUAUUCUGAUGAUGAUGUGAACACUAUCUUCUAUGACAUCACUAUUUUUUAUUAUGAUAUGUUCAUUUUCUCCUGUGCUGGGUCCAGUAUUAGCCCAGGCUCAGAGUUUAAAGGUAUGUAAUGUGUUACCUGAACAGCCAUAGGAAGGAAGCAGAGCUUCAGGGGGAGUGAGUUCUUACUGUCUGGGGGAAUGCAAUAUGAGCCUUUUAAAAGGGGUUCGAUGCACUUUCUGUGCUUCAAACCUUUCUGUUUUAAUUAACUCCUGGAUGUCUUUAUUUUAUGACAUACUUUUUUAUAAUGUCAUUUUGUGUUUGAAAUGUAAGGGUGUGUGGACCUGGAGAACUUGACGUGUGUGUAUAUAAAUGCAGAAAUGUCCCCUAAA